AUGCGUUCUUUCUCGCUCGUCGCCGUCGGCACCUUCGCCCUCAGGGCAAUGGCUCAAACAGCCUCCUUCGCUUCGGACAUGACGUGGAAUGCCGUCACGGUCGGCCAAGUCUGGCCCAUCAGCUGGACUGUUGGUGAUGGGACACCUGUGUCCUUGUUCUUGGGGAACACGACCUGGAAUACCCCGGUCUUCGAAAACACAGCUGCCAGUGUUGGAGAGUAUGACUGGACUGUGGCAGUCCCUGACGGGUUUGUUGCUGGCAACUAUGCCCUGGGCUUGGUCCAGAGUGGUUCCACGGACUACUCCCCACUAUUCAGCGUCAGCCUUGGUCCUGAUGGAUCGACUGGUACGUCCGAUGCGACGGGUUCGACUGAUUCGACAUCGAUGCCUACAUCGAUGGCAACUUCAAUGUCCAAUGCUACAGUCACGGGGAAUCCCGUCUCUGCCACAGUCGACGCCACAACCACAGCAGCUCCGACCCUAACCGUCACAUACUUCGACGAGGAGUGCGGCUGCACAAAGACAUCCGCAAUGCCCGCGACGGCCGCUGCCACCGGCUCAGGAUUGGCUGGCACACCAUACACCUGGUACGACGUCGUCUGUGGAUGCACCAAGACCGCCAUGGCCCCAGCACCUACCACCACUCAAAGCCCUGCUAGCAGCUACACGGCCCCGGCAGGUGGAAACGUGCCGCCGUCGCCAACCUCUGCGUCGGCCGCCAGCGCAGCGUCGCCCUCAGCAUCAACAUUUCACGGUGACGCGAACCGAUUGGGAAGCUCGGUUGGAGCCGUUGUGGGGUUGAUUGUGGCAGCGAUGUUUGCAUAA